AUGAAAAUACAUAGAACGAAGAAAUCAAUUGCGGUGGCAGGGGAAUCAUCAGAUAUUUGUAGUUGUACUGGUGAAUUAAGGAUUGCCGCCGCUAUCACUUCAUUAUACAUCUCCUUAAGAAGAUCUACGGCGGACUCGACUUCUGGGUCGACAUCGACUGGAAGCAUUGAUUUUCUAAAGCGUGGUGUCGGGACUACAGCGGUGGUGGCUGCCGUGGCCUUUGCAGCUUCUGCCAUAGCCAAGACUAUAUCUUUGCAAUUCAUCGGAGGGAUCAGAAGACUAGUAGAUUGA